UUACAGUUAACAGCUUCUUCAAAGUUCUAGAAACACCUUCAUCUUUUCUUCCAACACUUCAAGAAAAGAGAGCCAGAAAGAAAACCCUAGCAUUUGCAAAUCAAUCUCAAUCUCCACAGAGGAGGGAGAAAAUAUAUAUAUAAAAAGCUUGAAUUAUUCAACAAUGGCGGAUCACUUAGCCUCGAUUUUCGGUACAGAGAAAGACAGAGUGAAUUGUCCUUUCUACUUCAAGAUCGGAGCAUGCAGACAUGGCGAUCGUUGCUCCAGACUUCACACAAAGCCUAGCAUCAGUCCUACUCUUUUGCUCUCCAACAUGUAUCAACGUCCUGAUAUGAUCACUCCUGGCGUCGAUGCUCAGGGAAAUCCUAUUGAUCCUCGCAAAAUUCAAGAACAUUUUGAGGAUUUCUACGAAGAUCUGUUUGAGGAGCUCUGCAAAUAUGGAGAAAUUGAGUCUUUGAAUAUAUGUGACAACCUGGCUGACCACAUGGUGGGCAAUGUCUAUGUUCAGUAUCGGGAAGAAGAGCAAGCUGCUGAUGCUCUCCGUAAUUUGACUGGGAGAUUCUAUUCUGGCCGUCCCAUCAUUGUCGAUUUCUCUCCAGUCACAGAUUUUCGUGAAGCCACCUGCAGGCAAUAUGAAGAGAACACUUGCAAUCGUGGUGGUUAUUGUAACUUCAUGCAUCUGAAGAAGAUUAACAGAGAGUUGAGACGCCAGCUGUUUGGGAGGUACAGGAGACGGCGCAGCAGAAGCCGAAGCAGAAGCCCAUACAGACGCAGAAGCUAUGACUAUGACGAUCGCCACCAUGGGCAUAGUCAUAGUACCAAAAGAUAUGAUGACAGGGAUAGCUAUUAUGAGAGUCGGAGUACGAGACAUAGGAGCAGUAGUCCUCACAAGCAUGGAAGAAGCAGAAGUCCUGCUGGUAGGAGAGACAGAAGUCCCAUUAGGGAAGGAAGCGAAGAGAGGCGCGCAAAAAUUGAGCAAUGGAAUAGGGAAAAGGAAGAAGCUGAACAAGCUGCUAAGACACAGACUGACACUGGUAACAACAAUGAUGGUUAUCAUAAUAAAGCUGCACCAUAUGGUGAAGAGAACUAUGGUUACCAGCAGCCAGUACCACAGCGUCAGGAGGGAUAUGGAUAUUGAUCAACUUAUGACAUGGUUCGUUUCUUGCUUUCUAUUUGCACUUAUAUAGAGUGUGUAGUUGGUUGGAAAACAAUUUCCAGAAAUGUGGUUUUUCACAUUUUCCUUAUCUUGGUUGGUUUUUCCAAAGGUGGAACAUUUUCCUUCCCAGAAUACGAUGUUUUCUUUCUUAUUAUUCCAUCUUUCCUCUUUCCUCUUUCCUCCUCUCAUCCAACCUUGCCAUUCCAUUUCAUUCUUCCUUUUCUCUCUUAACUUUCCACGCAAGAAACCAAUCAAAGGAAAACUUAUUUACCAUUAUGCUUUCCUGGAACAUGUUUUCUUAUGGAAAAUAAUUUUUCUGAAAUUUAUUUUUCUGUUGAAAAUGUUUUCUGUCCAACCAAACGGAGCCUGAGUGUGACUUGUAAAAGAUUACAAAUUGGCAUAGGCCAAGAGUCCUAUAAUUGUAUCUUACAGCCCACUUUCCAAUGUGCAGGUGUGCAGAUUCUAUGGACUGUGAUAUGUGUUUCUCCUUUCUUUUCCCCUUUAGCUGUGCCUUUCGUAUUGCAUGUCGUGAUUCUCAACUUGUUUUUUGUCAUGUUCGAAAUGUGUUCUUCUCUUCUCUUUCCUCUUUUCAAAUUAUAAAACUAUUUGAUUUUUAAAAUUAUAAAAAUGUUUAAUUUGCUUCUGCCUUUAUGUGUGUGUGCUGGUGUUGCUUGCAUAGCCAUUAUUUUUCCUGUAUCAAUUUCUCUUGAAAAGGGUAAAUAAUGACUGAAGUCUGUUGCAAAUAAUGUCUGAAGUCUGUUACAAAUAAUGUCUGAAGUACCAUCAUCAACCUAUAUAUUUUUGCUGUAUCCUGUUUUUCCCUCUGCAUUCAUAUCUAGGAUUGAUCAAUAACAUAAAUGUGAAGCCUUAUUCUUCUUUCCCGGGUUCAGGAUAUUUUGCAAAUACUGUGAUUCUCCUUCGUUCUCUUCCCACGUAAUUUUAAACUUGUCUUCGGACUAUAUGUGUGUUUAUCAGCUCUGUUAUGCUCCUGAGGAUAUUGUCUAAGGAGAAGGACUCAUGUCACCGGUCACAUCCUUGGAUUAUUAUACUCGUUUCCUGCAUAGUCUUGUGGUCUUAUCGUUGCAACUGAUUCUGAGGUGGUAUUAGCUUCAAGUACACCUCUUGAUUGCCUAUUGUGGUCCUUUUUUUUUUUGAAUGAAGUCCUUGUUUGAGUAUAUACAGUCAGGAACUUGAGCCACAAGUCUUCACAGAGUAGUGACAGCAAACUCUCACAUGGUUAUCCAUUAGGUUUUUUUUCCUCUACAACCUAUCGAACUAAUUUCUCUUUUAUUUCCUGGGUCAAGAUCUUACAUACCGUUACGGUUUUUGCAGGUGCAGGUUUCCCUGCUCAGGAACAAGUACUUGUUCUAACAACAGCUUACGAAUCGAAUUUUCUGUACAGGUUACCUUUUUUGGCAAUUGGAGGGUUGCGUUUGCAGGUUGCAGGUUGCAGGUUGCAGGUUUUUAUCUGAAGGGGUGUCCCGAUAACCGGAUUUAAGUUUGUGGUAUAGGAGGAAGUCUGUUCCUUUUCGCUUGAUAUGAAGUCUGUAGUGAAAGUCAAAUGCCUUUAUUCAAGACCCAUUUACCAUGAAGCUUUAGGAUUUUGUUCACUGAUAUUUUGCUUAAUUUCUGUAGGAUUGGAUCUCGAUUCUGUAUUCUUAUCAGAAUGUGAGUUCAUGUCAACUGAGUUAUGCUGUUAUGAUUAGUUCAAAUACUGUGUUGAUUAAUGAGUAUGUCAUUUCGCAAA